UAAACACGUGUUUACAUUGGUAUUUGCCUUCAGCAAACGAUCCAGACCCGAUUUUGAGACAAGUGCAGAUAUUUUAUAUAAAUUGUGAUCAACGGAAUAUAUUAUAUUUGAAAUAAAAUAAAAUGGGUCGUAACAGAAAAUCGAAUCCGUUUGCAGCGAAGAAACGUCAAAAGCGUGAGAAUCAGGGUGUCGACCCCAGGCCGGUGCGCCAGGAACCUUACGAGGAUAUCAAACGUGAUAAUGCUGCUUUCAUUAAAUACUAUCAGCUGCAAAAUAUAUGCGCUGAUGAGUCAGAAUGGGAACAAUUUCUAACCAAAAUACGCGAUAACCUGCCAGUUACAUUCCGUGUGACUGGUUUUCGCGGUGAAGCGAAAGCUUUACUCGGUAUUAUCGAGACUGAGUUGUUUGCUGACUAUGUGGAUAGCGUUGCCGAAUUGCAUGGCAUUUCAAAAGAAGAGGUAGAACGUCCAUUACCAUUGCCUUGGUAUCCAGAUGGUUUGGCCUAUCAGCUACAAUUGACACGCAAAGAUAUCCGCCGCUCGGAGCCACUAUUCCGUUUGCACAAUUUUCUUAUAACUGAGACAAAUGCUGGUAGUAUAAAUCGCCAGGAGGCCGUCUCGAUGAUACCACCGUUAGUAUUGGAUGUACAACCAACCGAUAAAGUGCUGGAUAUGUGCGCAGCGCCGGGCUCGAAGACGGCGCAGCUCAUUGAGGCGCUUCAUAGUGCGCCGGAAAAGCAUAAAAUACCACCGGGCUUCGUAGUGGCAAAUGAUGUAGACAAUAACCGCUGUUACAUGUUGGUACAUCAAGCGAAAAGGCUGAAUUCACCCUGUUUUGUGGUAACCAAUCAUGACAGCAGUUUCUUUCCAAAUUUGCUGCAAACCGAAGCCGAUGGUAGUAAAUCCAUUUUGAAAUUCAAUAAAAUUUUGUGCGAUGUUCCAUGUUCAGGCGAUGGUACGCUGCGCAAAAAUCCCGACAUUUGGACGAAAUGGAAUUUAGCGCAGGCGUAUAAUUUGCAUGGUAUUCAAUACCGCAUCACACGCCGUGGCGCUGAAAUGCUCAGCGUCGGUGGCCGUUUGGUCUACUCGACAUGUUCACUAAAUCCUAUUGAAAAUGAGGCUGUGUUGCAACGGAUUAUUGCUGAUGCAGAUGGUGCAUUAGAAAUUGUGGAUGCUGCGCAUUUAGUGCCAGGCUUGAAAUUUAAGCCCGGCAUGACAAGUUGGAAACUAGCAACGAAGGAAGUUGAUCAAGUAUUUACCAGUUUCGAUGAGGUGCCUGAGAAAUACCACACUGUCAUAAGACCCAACAUGUUUCCACUGCCGAAGGAGCAAAUUGAAAAAAUCGGUUUGGAAAAAUGCAUUCGCGUGUUGCCGCACCUACAAGACUCUGGUGGCUUCUUUGUCGCUGUCAUUGAAAAACGUCGCCAAUUGCCAUUCGAGAAGAACGAUUUGAAAGCGUUACUCGAAAAACCCAAACCCGAAGUAAAAUUAGAUGAGAAUGGCCAACCAAUUGAAGAGAAAUCUGUGCCAUGGGGACCGCAACGCAAGCGUCGUCGUCUGCACGGUUAUAAAGAAGAUCCAUAUGUAUUCUUCGAGGAACAGGACGCCGAUUGGGAUGAGUUGAAAUCGUUCUUUGCGCUCGACGAUACGCUUAAUAAGCGUUGCUUGCUAACACGCUGCAUCACCGAUAAGAAAAAAAACAUCUAUUACUGCUCCGAACCCAUACGUGAUAUGGUGCUGUUGAAUGAGGACACAAUUAAGAUCAUAAAUACAGGUGUGAAAACAUUUGUGCGCUGUGAGAACCGUCACACGUCGCAUCCGUUUCGUUUGGCGCAGGAAGGACUGCAGACGACAAACGCAUUUAUGGGUGCAAUUCGUCGUAUAGUAAUCUCAAGAGAAGAUUUAAUUUUACUGCUCAAUUGCACAGAUCCAACUAAGCCACCUUCAACGAUGCAACUAGCGCCGGAAACACAGGAGCGUUGCAAGGAAUUAGGUGUUGGCAGCUGCAUUUUGAAAUAUGAAGAUCCACGUUUCACACUAUUUCUUGUGGGCUGGCGCGGCUCUUCAAGUUUACGCGCCUAUGUAGAUACAAAUGAGACAGUGCAUGUUCUGCGUUUACUGGGUGCCGAUAUAAGCAAGUUUGAAGUCAACAAGUAUGAAAAGGCUAAAGAGGCUGCGGCUGCAGCAGCGGCAGCGGCAGCGAUUGCUGCUGAGGCUAAAGAAGUAACUGCUGAUGUAAAGGAAACGGCUGUGGAACUACCAGAGGAUAUUGCUAUGGUAUCGAGUGACGCGGUCAAUGAAGCGAACGCGGUCAAUGAAGCGAACGCGGUGCCAGUCGCUGAAUAA